UUUUUAAAAUAAAAUUUACAGAGAAACGUGAAAAUGGCUGCGUCGGCUAAAAAACGUGAUAUUGAGAAUAAAUCUAAAGAAAAUGACGAUGUUACAAGCAGUGACGUGAGUAGUGACGAAGAAAAUGUUGACAAUAAUGACGAGAAGGGUAAUCAGAUAAUGGUAGAUUUCGUUGGUCGGACACCAGACGACUCAGAUUAUCAUGGAAUUAAAAUUUUGUUGCAACAAUUAUUUUUAAAAGCUCAUGUAAAUGUCGGUGCUCUUGCUGAUUACAUUAUUUCGCAUAAUUAUGUUGGUUCUGUAGUGAAACAAGAAGCUGACGACGAUGACGAUGAUGAUGAUAAUGAUACUAGUGACGUUGGUGACGUUUUUGGUGUCACCAGUGUCAUUAAUGUCUCUCAUGGACAAGUAAGCUCAUCAAAUCCUAAUGAAGAAUGCAUCCAACAGCUGCGUAGUUUACUAAAAGAACUGUCAAGUGAAUACGCAACGGAUUCAGUCAAUGGAAUGAUAACCAACAUCUUGGAGAAUGACUCAUCCGCACUGGGGUUGAUAAUAAACGAGAGAUUUGUUAAUAUUCCAGCAGAUAUAUCGGUGCCACUUCUGGAGAAUCUCAUGUCGGAUAUGAAGCGCGCAAAUGCUAAAAAAAUGGCGUACGAUUUCCAGUACUAUGUGAUUAUUUCAAAGCUGUCAAAGCCAAAGACAGCUGGCAAGAGUAAGGGCAAGAAAAAAAAUACUGAAGACCCAGAGGAAUUGUGGAGUAACCAAGAGGAAGAGGUAUUUGACGAGGAAUCAAUGUGUAAAUUUGAGUUUUCCGUAGCUAAAGAAACAGAUACCGGGUUAUCUGGUGCAUGGAAUGAAGACGACGACGAGUUGAUCCCUUACAGGCGCGUGAUGAUAUUUGAGGCGGCAAAAUUACCGGGAAUUAUUGAAAAAAUUAAAAAAUUUAUUGCUCAUUAAACUUGGUUACAAAUAAUCGCUUACA